UUCUCAUAUCAUACUAUCUCUUUUCUCUCCUCUAUUAUUUUCUUGUCAAAAAUGGUGCUAGCUGGCAAGCUUAUUACAGAACUUGGGAUCAAAACACCCGCUGACAAGUUCUUCAAACUGUUUGCAUCAGAACUUCACGAAGUGCAAAACAUUUGUGAAAGAGUUCAUCAUACCAAGUUGCAUGAAGGUGAAGAUUGGCAUCAUUCUGAUACGGUUAAACACUGGACUUAUGUCAUAGGUGGUGAGGUACACACAUGUAAUGAAAGUAUUGAAGAAGUUGAUGAGGAGAACAAAAAAAUCACUUACAAGCUGUUUGGUGGAGAUAUUGACAACUUUAGUGUUUUUAAGCUGAUUCUUGAAGUAAUUAACAAGGCUGAUGGCACUGCUGCUGUUAGAUGGACAAUUGAUUAUGUGAAAAUCAAUGAAGAUGUUGAUACUCCAAAUGGCUGGAUGGAUUACCUUAGCAAAGCCACUAGAGACAUUGAUGGUCAUCUUAUCAAGGGAGAAAAGGUUGCUCUAUAAGUCAUAAAGACAUAUAUAUUAAAUAAAGAGUAGUGGUUUUGUGGGUACUCUUAAAUAUUGCAUUUUUAUAAUUAUUGUGAUGUUUGUAAUGGCAUGCAUGUAUCAUAUAUAAGCAUGCAUCAUGUUUGCUUCUCUUGAUGCUUCCUUUGUAUGGAAUGAAUGUGCCGGCCAUGUAUUGAUGAUCGUGUCUUAUGCUGUUAUUAUGUAAUGCAAACUUAUUAUGUACUAAUGUUUUCUGUAUUAUAUAAGUUUGGUUUGCCAAA